CAUGGUUGUUAAUCUAACUACUGUGAUGUAAAAAUGUGUGUGUUACGCACCUGGAUUCAAAUACACGCAAUUAAAAUGAGUGCUGAAAACAUUUUUAAUCAUUUAACAAGGUAUUUUAUAAUAGACAAAUCGACAGAUACGGUACUUCUUUGUUGCGCAGUUUUCUGUGGAUUGCAGCGUAUUUCUAUAUCUCCGAUAAUUGCAGUGUGUCCUCUAAUCCACUUUUUUCUUAUUAAGCAUUUCUAAUUUACAAAACAUAGUGACAAUGAAAAGAUUCAACUUUUUCUGCAAGCUCGUACUGAUUGGAUGUUCGCCUCAAAAAAUCAUCAUGAAUUAAAGUAAUUAUUUUUUUCAAAAUUUGAGACGAGUCACCGAUGACUCAACGAUUAUACUUUUAAUCUUAUUGUUUCAAAAUACUUUGAAAAACUAAGAAGGUAUAUAAAACGGUUGUCGCGCUGUCUGUUGGUUCAUUUUUCGCAUCAACAUUCACACAAUCAAAACAGAAAAAGAUGGUGUCCGUUGAUUUGACAGGUAAAAUCGGUUUUCUCUUUAAACGUGCUGCUUUCUUCGUGGUUCAUAAAUCAACAAAACACUUUCAUUCUUUUGAGCAAUAAGUAACGUGCAUUUUUAUCCUGACAUUCCGUGCGAAGCAGAACUAGAUUAUCUUUUGUCCAUAAAAAGGAGUCAUAGAUGUUCUAUACUUUUCUACGCGACUUGUAUGAUUAAUGAAUUUAAUGUUUUGCAUAUCCGGUGAUUAGUACUAGUACUAUGUUAGUGCCAAGACGAUUUGGAGUUUACUUGAAGCUGUGAAGUGAUUGUGCUUACCUGUGGAUAUCUCAGUUUCCGAGCCUGUUGGAUAACCAAGAACCAAAAUAGUGUGCUUCUUUGUGAUGUGUAACUAGUAUAGCUGCAAUGUUGAAUAAACACUGUCAUCAGUCAGAGAUACCCGAUGUGGAUAGAAGAGCUAGGAGGAAACUUAUAAUUGCCAGUAUACUAUGUGUGAUUUUUAUGAUUGGAGAGAUAGUGGGGGGAUAUCUCUCGAACAGCUUAGCCAUAGCUUCAGAUGCAGCUCAUCUCCUCACAGACUUUGCCAGUUUCAUGAUAUCCCUUUUCUCUCUGUUUAUGGCCACUCGGCCUUCAACAAAGAAAAUGUCAUUUGGCUGGUACAGAGCUGAGGUUAUUGGAGCCCUCACGUCAGUUCUGCUGAUCUGGGUUGUCACAGGGGUGCUGGUCUACAUGGCAGUACAAAGACUUAUUGGACAGCCUUACGAGAUCGAUGCUAAGCUUAUGUUGAUCACUUCGGGAGUGGGCGUCAUUGUCAAUCUGAUUAUGGGAUUCACACUUCACCAGCAUGGUCAUAGUCACCAUGGUCAUAGUCAUGAAGGAGGACAGUCCAACCAUAAAGACGAAAACAUAAACGUCAGAGCAGCUUUCAUCCAUGUUUUAGGAGACUUCUUACAGAGCUUUGGAGUCUUUUUGGCAGCCAUUGUUAUCUAUUUCAAGAGAGACUGGAUAAUAGUGGAUCCGAUCUGCACAUUCAUCUUCUCGGUGUUAGUGUUGAUAACAACAUUCGCUAUAAUGAAGGAUGCAGUAUUGGUACUGAUGGAAGCUAUACCAAAGGGAAUUGAUUUUGAAGAGGUCAUGAAUAUCCUUCUCAACAUUGAGGGGGUCAAGAAAGUCCACAACCUCAGAAUAUGGGCUCUUAGUCUCGAUAAGGUCGCCAUGUCAGCACAUGUUGCUAUAAGUGCUGGAACCAAUCCACAGAAUGUCUUGAUGAUGGCAACGAAAGACGUCCACGAUAAAUUCAACUUCUUUGAGAUGACAUUACAGAUCGAAGAGUUCCAAGAUGCCAUGGAAGACUGCCAGCAAUGCAAAAAUCCCAGUUGAUUUUUAUUAACAAUAUUGCUCAUUGUACUAUAUCAUUAUUUAUUACACUUUUUUUAUAAUAGGUUCUAUAUUAAACAAUGCCAAAUAUUACAUUUUUGAAUCAUAAUGAUAUUGGACUGGUACUGACAUUUUCUGUGUCUUUAACUGCCACUUACGUAUCAGGAUGGAACGGGUAUAACCGACCCAAAGGAUAAGGCGGAAGUGCUUGCCAAUAUUUUUGCUGCCAACUCCACCAUGGACAUCCCACCAACGCCCGAGAGCCGUCGAUUGAAAGGGUUUUACCUACACUAUGCGGGAAGUAACAUUCAGGCAUAAGACCGUAAGAGGGGUGCUCUUGUCGCUCGACAUUAACAAAGCUUCUGGUCCGUACUUGAUUCCUCCGUUGUAUUGAAGAGGUGUGCAGCGGAGCUUGCUCUAGUUCUUUGGCGUCUCUUCCGGAUAUCUUACGAAUCCGGCUUCUUCCCAGAAAACUGGAAAUUUGCUCAUGUCCAGCCAAU